CAUUUUUGCAUUGCAAUUUGCAGGGGCAGGGUCAAGAGGAGCUUUGUUUCACGUUCAGACCCGUGUGAGACUCAAAGUGCAUAGAAUCUGUUUUUGAAUGGGUGUCGGUCACCCAGCCGUACCAUGGCCUUUGCGAGGGCUUCGGCAACCAGCAGCCCUCCUAUCCAGCUCUUUGACAAACAACGGCGACACCAAUUGAACAUCGAAGCAGCACUCGGCAUUGCCGAUAGAAGCCCGCUUUCUUGUAACAAAAGGGUGGUUGAAACUUCAUUUAUUGCUCUCCGUAGUCAGGGGAGACCACAGUGCAUUGUUAGACAAACCCUUAAGAUCUGUCCGACGCCCUGCAUUGCCGUCCAGCGUCAGCCUCUGUCUGGAGAAACCCUUCAGAAGGGAACUAGGCGUGGCUUUGGAAACCCUCUGCCCCAGAAGCAGCUCAGCUCAGGCAGACCGGGGUCCUCGCUGAGGGCCCUGUCUCUGUCCGAAGCGUCCGUCGAGCUUUUGGACCCAUCCGAAUUCCUCGCUGCAGAGUCGCCCAAUUCCUUCCUGGACGAGUCCGAAGCCACAAUGCAGUCCGAGGAGCAGAGCAAUUUGGGCCGGAGCCAAGAGCUGGGCGCCCAGUCCGCCGCCUCAAGGACGUUCUCAAAGGAAAACGUUGGACAGAAAGCAGAGGAUAAGAAGACGGAGAGCUGGGUCCCGCGCCGGUUGGACGAGGCGGCCGUACAUUUCCUGAAGCAGCCCAGCGUGCUACUCUCGCUUGCGGCCAUUGCAGCGGUGGCCGCUGCGAGGUCCCGGUUCCCCUGGAGAUUGGCGGACGGCCCCGUGAUUGUAAUCAUGGCGGCUUGGUGGGCCUUCUUUGAGUGGUUUCUGCACGCAAAGCUUUUGCACAGCAACUACAAUUGGUUUGGGCGGGGCAUACAUAAGCGGCACCACGAGGCUCCUUUUCAUCAUGUCUCGAUCGACGGCCUCGACCUGGUCGCGAUAUCACUUGUCGGCUUCGCCGGAUUCUGCUUCGCGCUCUUUGGAAAGAGCCCAUUGGCUCUGACUGGCACCCUGACGGUUUACACGAUGGGCCUGGUCUACGAGUGGACCCACUACCUGGUGCACACCAAGGUGCCGAUGCGGUCGUAUAUCGGAAGCAUGAUCAAGCGCGCACACGUGUCGCACCAUCUCAAGGACCAGCGGUACUGGCUCAGCUUCACGUGUCCCCCCAUCGACGUCCUCAUGGGAACCACGCCGGAGGGGGGGCAGGGGGUCACGCCAGUCACAUGAUUUACCCCCUGCUUUGAGGGUGUUUGAAUUGUAGGGUUGGCGACUCGCCGCUUGAUCAAGCGCUGAGCCUUGAAGCUGCGUAAAUGAAAGUAGUGGCAGAUUGCACCGGUGCUGGCGAUCUUGAGCGCAGCGUGCUGUGCUCGAUUGGCACUUUCGGAAGGGUGUAAUCCGCAUUGUUUGCAGGAUACUGGGGAGACGCGCUUGCGCAUUUCGAGAAUAAUGAUCAAACCAGCGUUUGUCUCGCUUGGGGAGCAGAAUGGUUGCUAGAAGCUAGGACGAGUUGAGACGGUUGUUUUGAGAGCAUAGGAUUGUAGGAGGAAUUCGCGCAUAGAGUCAUAAACUGAAGCCGGGUGGGGAGAUCAACAGCUCCGACGUAUUGCAGCCCAAAGCGGGUUGCCUGAUCGGAGUUGGGCCAUAAACUUAGAGUUGACGGUGUGGUUGAUUGUGGAUACAUAAUAGCUGGGGUAUCAAUCUGUACGAUAUGUGUAUAUUGGAACAAUGUAGUGAGGGAGCACGAACGAUUGGAUUCGUGGUCAGGUAUGCGUCGAGGAACAUGGUUGCAUUGGUGCACUGGGCUCGACUAUUUACGAC